AUGCGACGUCACUGUCAGCUGUUUGCAGAUUGUCGCUGGGUCGGAAAAUGGAAAGAAGUAAUAUCUAUCUAUCUAUCUAUCUAUCUAUCUAUCUAUCUAUCUAUCUAUCCUAAUCCAUUCAUAGCCAGCUAUCUAACUUCCUUAUAUAUUCUAUUCAUAUCUAUCCCAGUCUAUCUAUCUAUCUAUCUAUCUAUCUAUCCCAGUCUAUUCGUAUCUAUCUAUCUAUCUAUCUAUCUAUCCCAGUCUAUUCGUAUCUAUCUAUCUAUCUAUCUAUCUAUCUAUCUAUCUAUCUAUCUAUCCCAGUCUAUUCGUAUCUAUCUAUCUAUCUAUCUAUCCCAGUCUAUUCGUAUCUAUCUAUCUAUCUAUCUAUCUAUCUAUCUAUCCCAGUCUAUUCGUAUCUAUCUAUCUAUCUAUCUAUCUAUCUAUCUAUCUAUCUAUCUAUCUAUCUAUCCCAGUCUAUUCUCAUCUAUCUAUCUAUCUAUCUAUCUAUCUAUCUAUCUAUCUAUCUAUCUAUCUAUCUAUAUGCACUGUUGUUGCCAACUAACUCGGUACCAAACACACCCUUCUCGUACCAGCCCAUCCAUGAAUCCAUUUUAUCUAAAAAGCCUUUCUUCGUUUCCCACCGUCUUUGAAAGAUAUUCUACUUAA